AACCGUCGAUAACGAUGGGCCUGUGGUUCGUGUCGUGGUAGAAUCGGUCGAUGCGCUAUGUUCUCACUCUCGAUCCCUCAGGUAACGAGAAGAGAGUUAUGGAGUUACUAUCUUUACUAUAACGGAGAUAACGGUGUAGGGCCCCUCGGGUAUUCCAUGACAUUGUUCCAAAGCCUUGCUACGCAAGCAGGGUGGGACCCUGUGAAAGGGAAGGGAUCAUCCUGUGGCGCCCCUGACGCGUCUGGACAAUGCGUACUUCCAUGGAAUGGAGGAACAAAGAGUGUCUCCUCAAUCGUCCUCAUUUCCAAUGGUCUCAGCUUCAUGUUCAUGACCUUUAUCUUCACCACCAUUGGAUCUUCUGCGGAUUAUGGACACUUUGGCCGCUGGCUUCUUUUCGUCUGCACUAUCGUCUGUUGGAGUGCCCAGUUCGGAAGUGUAGGCCUCGUUGGCCCAAGCACCUGGCAUGCUGCAAUGGCAUUGUACAUGAUAGGGUUUAUCUCGUAUGGAGCAACCCUUGUAUUCUAUGCCGCUAUCUUCCCUCGACUUGCCCAGAAUACUCCCCAAUCACGCGAGCUCCGACGCAAACUUGGGAAUAGGGAGAUCUCAGCGCAGGAAUAUGAGAAGGAGGAAAGUUUGGAGAAAAACAGAAUCAGCAACAUCAGUACUGUUCACAGUAACAUCGGUUACUUGUUCACAUUGUGUCUGAACCUUUCGCUGCUACUUCCUCUGAGUAAUAAUCCGAAAGUUAACAACUACACCAUCGUCUUCACGAAUGGAUACUGGGUAUUGACUGGCAUCUGGUGGUUUAUAUACCAGCGACCACGACCGGGUCCUCCACUUCCCAAGAGAAGCAACUACCUUACAAUUGGUUGGAUCCAGAUUUGGGAUGCCAUAAAACAAUACCGGGAACUCCCCCAGACGUUCAUAUACCUUUUCGCUUUUUUCUUACUGGCGGAUGGACUCAACACCACUGGAACUCUGGUGACCAUUUGCCAAAAUGAGAAAUUCCAGUUCUCGUUCUUGCAGAAUACGUAUCUUGGCCUUUCACAAGCGAUCACAUCCAUCAUUAGCACGCUUGGCUUUUGGUAUGUCCAAAGACAUUGGAAGAUAGAUACAAAGAAGAUGUUCGUGGUUACGAACGUUGUGACAAUGCUGAUACCUCUUUGGGGCAUGAUCGGCAUCUGGACUGGCAACUUUGGGUUUCAUUCCCGCUGGGAGUUCUGGGCCUACAAUGUCGUUUUUGGACUCUUCCAGGCCCCUUAUUAUGCCUUCUCUCAAACCAUGAUGUCGGAACUGACUCCACCCGGCUUCGAAAACAUGUUCUUCGGUCUCUUCGGUCUUUCGAAUCGCGCUUCGUCGAUUAUAGGUCCAAACGUGAUUCAGGCUAUUAUAGACCACGCGGGAAACAAUUGGAUGGGAUUUCCUUUCUUGUUUGCACUCUGCGCAGCCGCUAGCUUGGUCAUUUGGUUUGCAGUGGAUGUUACGAAGGGGAGGAGGGAUGCUGUGGCGUUUUCGAAAAGGAAGAGAGCGGAGAAAUCGAACCGAGCUAAUGAUGGCGAUUAGAAUUUUGCUGACGGCUGUCCUGCAGGCGGUGGCGAGGGAAGCAAAGAUGCGGGGGCUUGUUCUAGCGGUGGUGGCUGUAACAUAGCUCCGUGAUGAUGAUCACUAUUGUCUUGUUUACACAUUUGGUAGCCCAUAUUUUGCGUACUGGGUUAUCUAAA